AUGAGCGUCCUGAUCUGCUCGGUCACCUUGGCCAGAGCCAUCGCCACCUAUCGCACCUACUCGCACCACCGACAGAGCGACGAGGGCGCCGCUUCCGCACCACCGCCCCACCAGCGCACGCCCACGAUCCGCCGCACCCCGUCGAGCAUCUCGCGUCGCUCGUCCAUCUCGUCGUCGCUCAAGAGCGCCGCCACGAGCCCCGGCUUCACCCCCGCCGCCGCCCACACGCUCCAGCCCGUCCUCCACAGCGCCACCUCCUCGACCGACGACCUGCCCCACGCCGCGCACACCAAGGCCCUCUCCGAAGGUGCCGGCGCAGGGCUCAGCCUCGGCCUCGGACGACCCAGCGCACCGCCGACCCGGCUCGUCGCGCCCUCGUCGCCGUCGCCGUCGCCGAGCGAGCCCAAGCCCGCGCCGCCCACCGGCCGCAGGGCCUUCAGCCUUCCGUUUGGGCGGCGCAAGGCGUCGAGCCAGGGCGGCGCGGCAGCUGCACCGGCGCAGGCGCAGGUGCAGCGAAGCGAGGAGGGAGGCGAGGCCAAGGCGGCGGCGUCGGGUGGGAUGCCCGUCAUUGAGCGGUUGCGGAGCUUCAGCCGGCGGUAGAGCGUGCUGUCACGAGCUGUAGAACUGUCUGUAUUGUUGUAGAAUCCGUG